CAGUCUCAACUUGCCAGAAGUCUGGCGAAAAGCACUUCAGCGUCUUCGUUUGAGAUCCCCUAGGGAGACCCGAGGUGGACUGCCGUCCCAAGAAGGACGUACCCAGUCAAUGGACGCCGAUGAGAAAGACAGCGUUUUGUGGAGUCUGAAACUUGCCUAGGGCCUGGUUCUCGAUUAUAAGUAUUGGCUUGAGAAAUCUUUUAUCCAGCAGCAAUUUCAAUCAUCAUCAUCAUCAUCAUCAUCAUCAUCAUACCUCUAUCUAUCAAGCAACAUCCCAAUCAUCAACUAUAUCUCCUACAACCAAAUAAACUAUUUGAUUCACCAAAUAAACCACACAAAAAGGUCAAAAUGCAAUUCUCAAGCUUUUUCCUCGUUGCUCUCACAGCCGCCACUGUCUACGCUCAAUCAGAGUCUUCUACAAAGGCCGAAAAGACAAAGAGCACGGAAUCUGGGGCAGCAAAAGCCACCGACAAGACCAAGUCAAACUCGACAGCGAGCGGAAAGGCAUCCUCUACCGCCAAGGCCACUGCAACCGGCAACACAAACUCCUCCUCAUCGACGACCACUGGCGGAACCGCAAAAUCCACCACUGCCGGGGCCCCCGCAUUGCUCUCACAAAACGGCGGAUUAGUCACGGUUGCCGGACUCGGUAUCGUGUUCGCGGUAUUCAUGUAAACAUUUUGACGUGGUAGUAGAUAUGGGAAUGGGCAUUGCACAUAUGGUAUAUAGAUCUUGGGCCCAGCGGCAAGGGCCCAGAGUGCUUCGUGUUGGGAGGAGCAGGUCUCUGGUGGCAUUAUAACGGCAGCACUCUCAUUAAAUUGCAUUUGCAUGGCGCUUAUAAACAAUGAAAUAUCCCAUAAACGCUAGCAGUGUCCAAUCUCGAGUUAUGUUCCUCCCUUGAGCUUCA